GUUUCACGUUUGUGUACAUACAAUUCAUACAUUAUUGACAGAUCAAGUGUAGGUUAUACUAUAUAAGCCAAAAAAUUUAAUUCACACGAAUGUUUUAAAUAAAAAAAAAAUAAUAUCAAGUUUAUAAAAAUUAUUUGAAAUUAAAAUUAUUCAAAAUAAAAUGGCAUCAAAAAAAGUUAUUCCAAUUGAUACCAAAGAUUUAGACUUUGAAGAGAAUGAAAUAAGGGCUAUUGUCAAAGUAAUGGAUCGUCCAACAAUUAUCUUGAAAACCAGAGAAAGCGAAAGCCGAGCAGUUUCUCCAAGUUUAAAAAAUGAAAAUAAAAAAGAUGAUACUGCUUCUUGUAUCUUGACUAAACCUAGCAGCACAUUUAGUAGUCUUUUAUCGUGGGGACCUGAAAUGACUUACUGUAUAAAAUUUAUGAAUGAGCACAUGCAGUUAUGUGAAACAGUACUUGAUUUUCUAACUGAUCAACAAGACUUUUUGGUAGUUGGGUGUGUGGGUCUACAAGGUGUUGGAAAGUCUUUUGUUUUAACACAGUUAGCAUCUAGUUACAAGCCUAAUGUUUUUCAAACUCAGCAGUUGUCACAUCAUGAAAAUGGCUCUAACUGUACAAGUGGCAUUGACUUUUUUGUAACAAGAAACAGAGUUAUUUAUUUGGAUACUCAGCCUUUUUUAUCAGGAUUAGUAACCGAUUACUCUACAUAUUUUGAACAAAAAAAAAAUUCAGGCGAUUACGUUAUAAAUGAAACAACAUUAGAAGUACAAUCCUUACAAUUUUUAGCGUUUAUGUUUUCAGUUUGUCAUGUUGUCAUUCUUGUUCAAGAUUGGUUUGUUGAUCCAAACUUAAUAAGGUUUCUUCAAGCUGCGGAAAUGCUGAAACCUUCCUCAUCAACUUCUAUGGACCAAAAUUAUGUAGAACAUUAUCCACAUUUAGUUUUUUUACAAAAUAAAGGUGAAGCACAAGACUUUGAAUAUGAUACUAUUGACAUGAUGAGUGAUUUUUACGAAAAGACCUUCGCUUCUUCUCGAUUACAAAUUCAUAGCGGACUUAAUAUGAAGGAUGAGUUGAUAAAAAAUGAAUUGAACCUAUUCAUUUUACCACUUGAAAAAGAUUCAGAUGAAUGCACAUUUUAUAAAGACAUGGAAGAACAAAUUGACUUUUUGAGGAGAAAAAUAUUUGGAGUUACCAAGCGUGCAAUGACACCAGUUCCUUUGACUGAAAAAAAUUGGUUUCAUUAUGCUAACAAAGUAUUGGAAAGUAUAAAAAAGAGUCAUUUGGCUUCAGAAUAUGGUCGAUUAUUACCUUGAAAGAAGUUUUAUUGGCUUAUUGGAUGGAAAUAUUAGAAGCAGGAGAUUUCAUUUGCUUCUGAUGAAAGUAGAUGAAUGAAUUCGGUACAACAAUUCAAGAUGAGUUCUCGAGAUUCAUUAGCCACUCU